AUGGCAAUUUCUAUCAUCCAUAUCAAAACUAUAAAGGAAGAAUACCUAACAAAUCUCUACUCUCUUACUCGAGAAUCUAAAAAGAUGAAACUCCUUACUGAAUAUUAUAAAGUAAGAUUAUAUCAUCAGGGGCGUUUCAAUUCGAUAUUAUCUUAUAUUUUCAAUUACCAAUAUCUACUACAAUAAAUAAAUACUACAACAAACAGUGUAUAAUUGAAAGACCUAUUGUCAAAUUAUGGAUAAAGAAAAUAGCAAAAAAUACAAUUAGACGAAAUACAGGUAACUUUCACAAAAUAAUAAACAAACACUUUAAAUUAAUGA